AUGGCAGUCCUUCCCUUCAUCCCCGGCAUAAACAUCUCCGUUCUUGUGGACGGUGAGCCAGCCACAGAGCACAUACCGGUGCCCGAGGAUUUCCCUCCCCUCAUUGACGCAACCGGGCAUCAAGACAUCGCGCACAAUCGAUGCUUCAUUCGGUCUCUUGAUAACACAUCUCAUGCCAUUCGCUUCAGGAUCUCAUCUGACUUCACGUUUCCCCGGGGCAAAACCACCCUCAUCAUCUCUACCUAUAUCGACGGCGAGCCUUUUGAUAAUAGAGUUGUCCAAAAAAAGGCUCUCGUCAGCACAACGCGUGGUAACAAGGAGUACGUUGGCUUCAUUACCUACUGUCACCGCGGCUAUGCGGAUGGCUCCUCUGAGUCAUACGAGGCAUUCUUUCGAGACAUCAGAAACCCUGCAUAUCAGGCAGAUGACGGCUCUGGUAUCAGUGAUGCCGAGAGUAUCAAGGCUUUGGGGAGCAUCCAAGUUUCUAUUAAAGUCGCGAGGGACUGUGGUCCUGGCAUGAUGGGCAACGAUGAGUUCAACGACGACAAGAGAAAUGCGUCUCUCGCCAUUGAUAGCGACGCCCUCCAAGAGCAUGGCUCUGGCCAAAUCCAUGGAACCACCUACACCAGAACAGCCGAAACUCUCGACAUGGAUUACCUUGCUGUUGAUCGUGAGGCUCACAUCGGAAACUUCUUCUUCUAUUAUCAGGCUCCUCCUGCUGAAGGCGCUUGGUUCAACUUACAAAAGAAGUUCCAAGACGACAACGCUGAUAAGAUGGUGCAUCUGCGCUCAAACCCCAACCAGGCACCCAGAUGA